CGCCAUUUUGUUUGUGUGUUUUCUCUCAAAAUUACUCCACUGCGCUGCGCUGCUAUGCUGUUGACGGCUUGUCAAGAUUUAACAAAACCAAGGAAGAAGCACAACCCAAGUAAAAUGAGUGCAGGAGAAAAGAAGGAAUCACCAGAUGCUAUGAAUCUAGAGGAGAGAAUCUUGGAACUAUGUAAAGGAGAACCAGAUGGUAUUCGAGAUUCAGCUAUUCAGAAGCAACUUCCAAACAUUGAUGCUCAACAGAGAGUAUCGGCCGUCAACAGACUUCUUUCAUCAGGUAAAAUUGACUUGGUGAAGACAAGCACUGAAUUGCUGUACCGUUUGAAGGAUCCUGGUGUUGUAAGUAAAAUCAAAGGAGCUGAUAACCAGGAACGUCUUGUAUAUCAGAUCAUCGAGCAAUCAGGCAACAAGGGAAUAUGGACCAGAGAUAUUCGAUUGAAGAGCAAUCUACAACUAACUCAACUCAACAAGAUCUUGAAGAAUUUAGAGAGUAGGAAACUCAUCAAGGCUGUCAAGUCUGUUGGGGCAGCAAGGAAAAAGGCGUACAUGCUCUUUAAUCUGACCCCUGACCCCUCAGUGACCGGCGGAACUUGGUAUAGUGAUCAGGAGUUUGAGUCAGAAUUUGUAGAAGUCCUGAACCAACAGUGCUUUAAGUUUCUUCAACAAAAGGUUGAAAGUGUCUCCGCCCUACACCUUGAUCCAUUACUGAAGAGGAAUAGAUCAUACGUUACACCAGAAGAGGUUUGGAAAUUCAUCACCGAGCUUCGGAUCAGCAAGGUUGAUUUAUCGGUGGAUGACAUCACAACCAUUCUAGACACACUAAUCUAUGAUGGCAAGGUUGAGAUGACAGUCAAUGCUGGACCAGGAACAUCAUCAUCAUCGGGUUCAUCGUCAAAGCUCUACCGUGCUAUACAACCUUUGACCCCACCCACAGGGUUCAUGAGGUCACCAUGUGGUGUCUGUCCAGUGUUCAAUCAGUGCUACGAAGGAGGAGCCAUUUCACCCGCAACCUGUAUAUACAUGAAAGAAUGGAUGGAGUACUGACAAAUACUUUCACCAUUCUUUUGAAGAAAGACGGUUUUCAUCAUCUUGAAAUGGAUAACAACGUAUGCGGGUUGCAUUCCAUCCAUUGACUUAGCAUGGCAAUGUGUGACUGGUUAAACAUUUAUUUAGAUGGUCCAAGUGACUUCACCCAUAGACUUUGGGAACCAGUUGGCUUCUGUAUGAAGACGAUGAAUAAAAGUAAUCAGUAGUCAAUGGAUUAAGGUUGCCUCGCAUCCUCUGUGUCUGUAUGGGUUGAUGGAGGUGCUCUGCGAAGAGGUGAAAAGGUGACACUGUUACCCAUCUUUGUAAGAUGUCACCACAAACAUCUAGAUGACCCUCUCUGCUUGAAUGGACAUGCAGAAGUGCUUACCUCGCAACAGAUUUUGUAAGGGAUGGGAAAGUUUGUGCUUGCCCCAGUUGCUGCAUUUUGUGU